UCUAUAUACCAGAAAGUCUCUCAGGUUUCCACACAACAGUGAUGCCAGUGUGCUCUCGGUGACUCUUCUCACGGAUCUGCAUAUCUUUCUGCAGACUGUCAGUGGAUUGACAUAUAUGACAGCUCGCCUUCAGAACAUUUUUAUGUCAAAACGACAGGAGAGUAAAUUGGAAAUAAUCCUGUGGAGCAGAUUUGCUACCAUGGGCAUUUUUGUGAUGCACUUUGCAACUUUAUAAUUUUUUCAUAGAGAUACAACUGAUAAGGAUGAAAAGUAAUUUAUUUGAUAAAUUUUUAUAGUUUGAAGAACAGAGAAAAAAACAUGGCUUUACAAACUUCGAAUGACACUUCUUUGUCAACAUUCCUGGACUGUCUGCAGAGCAAAUCAUCCGUGAAUGCAUCUGGCAAUAUGAGCAAGGAAGUUACCAAUACCACCUGUGACAAUGCGUCUGUCAUCACAAAAACCCCAUCCACACGACAAAAAGAAAUGGACUCGGUGCGCAUCCUGCUCUACUCUCUCAUCUUCCUGCUCAGCGUCUUUGGCAACCUUCUGAUCAUUGUGGUCCUGACGGUCAACAAGCGCAUGCGCACGGUCACCAACUCCUUCUUGCUGUCGCUGGCGGUCAGUGACCUGACGUUGGCUGUCUUCUGCAUGCCCUUCACGCUCAUCCCAAACAUGCUGGAGGACUUCAUCUUCGGAGCUGCCAUGUGUAAAAUGGUCACCUACUUCAUGGCGCUCUCCGUCAGCAUCUCCACCUUCAGCCUGGUCGCCAUUGCGACCGAGAGGUACAGCGCCAUCUGCAACCCGCUGAAGUCGCGGGCGUGGCAGACUCGUUCCCACGCCUACCGGGUCAUCGCUGCCAUCUGGGUGUUGUCAUUGGUCAUGAUGGUGCCCUACCCAGUGUUCAGCCACCUCAAGUCCUUCCCCAAACCCGACCGAACUACGGGGCACAUGUGCCGCCUGGAAUGGCCAAGCGGUGGGGUGGAACAGACAUGGUACAUGCUGUUGCUUUUAAUCUUGUUCUUCAUCCCUGGGGUGGUGAUGAUCGUUGCCUAUGGACUCAUCUCCAGAGAGCUGUGCCGGGGGAUGAAGUUUGAGCUGGACCAAAACAGAGAGAGCAGUGCACUGAAGAACGGAGUAAAAACCACCGUGACAACCAGCAACAACGACACAGACGAUGAUGGCUGCUACAUCCAGAUGCCAAAGAAGCCACCGUCCAUGGAGCUGUCUACCCUCACCACCCCUACUCCGGCAUCUCCCAAACCCAGAGUGUCCGCUGAGCACCCUCGAAGCAAUACCUCGAAGGCUAAACUCUUGGCCAAGAAGCGCGUGAUCCGCAUGCUCAUCGUCACCGCCGUCCUCUUCUUCCUCUGCUGGAUGCCCCUGUACACGGCCAACACGUGGAAGGCUUUCCACAUCAGCUCAGCCCACCGGCUCCUCUCGGGGGCACCCAUCUCGUUCAUCCACCUGUUGAGCUACACAUCGGCGUGCGUUAACCCCGUUAUCUAUUGUUUUAUGAAUACACGCUUCCGCAAGGCGUUGCUCACCACCUUCGCCCACUGCCGUCCGCCCUGCUGUCGGCGCCGCCGGGGGAUGCGGAACGGCCGGGAUGAUGAGAUGACAGUGACAGGGACUAUUGGUCCUUCGUCCAUGUCCAAGAUCAGCUAUACCACAGUGAGCACCACGGGGGCCUACUGAUUAGUUGUGAAGGGGGCUAGGGGUACAGUGUCCACAUUAGGACAGCCUCAGUCUCAGCAGGACUUCUUCCUAAUAUGGACCCUGUAUAGGGGGAACACAGGGGGCUGUAGCAGAAUUCUUGUGCAUUUCUUUGCUUGUUUGCUCCUAUCUGAUUAGCUGCAGGUGUUUAUGCUCUUUGUGGAAUACUUUAUUGACUGUCAAGUGUCUGUGGUCUAUAGUGGGCAUGAUAAAUAUUCAACCCCCUUGGAUUUCUUCACAUUUUAUUGUGAUACAUACUGGGAUUAAAAUUGAUUUAAUUGACAUUUUUGCCAACGAUCUACACAAAACACUCUGUAAUGUCAAAGUGGAAGAACAUUUUUUAAAUAUGAAUGAACAUUUUAAAAAGCAUUCACCCCCCUGAGUCAACACAUGUUAUAAACACCUUUGGCAGCGAUUACAACUAUGAGUAGUCUUGGGUAAAUCUCGAAGUGCUUUGUACACAGGGAUUGUACAAGAUUUGCCAAUUAUUCUUUUCAGAAUUCUUCAAGCUCUGUCAAGGUUUUGGGGAUCAUGACUAGACAGCAAUUUAAAGUUUUGCCAUACAUUUUCAAGCAGAUUUAAGUCAAAACUGUAACUUGGCCACUCAGGGACCUUCACUGUCUUCAUGGUAAGCAACUCCAGUGUAGAUUUGGCCUUGUGUUGUAGGUUAUUGUCCCGCUGAAAGGUGAAUUCCUCUCCCAGUGUCUGGUGUAAAGCAGAUUUAAGAAGGUUUUCCUCUUGGAUUUUGCCUGUGCUCAGCUCCAUCCCAUUUAUUUUUGUCUUUGCCAAUAUCAAGUGUACGUAUACCACAAUGCAGCCAACACCAUCAUUGAAAAUAAGGUGGCAGUUAGGCCAAAAAGUGUAUUCCUUUGCCGUGUUUUUUUGCAGUAUUACUGUAGUGCCUUGUUGCAUACAUAUGCAUGUUUUAUUCUGUAUAUUUAUUCUGUAUAUUUGUAUUCUUCAUGGUCCCCAUGGUGACCAUGGUCCCCAUGGUGACAUCCUUGAGCAGUUUUCUUCCUGUUAUGCAGCUCAGUUCAGAACGACGACUGUAUCUUUGAUAUUUCUGGGUGGUUUAAUACAUCAUCAACAGCAUAAUUAUUCACUUUUUUAUUUUAUUUUAUUUAUUUUACCUUUCUUUAACCAGGCAAGUCAGUUAAUAACAAAUUCUUAUUUACAAUGACGGCCUACCAAAAGGCAAAAGGCCUCCUGCGGGGACAGGGAAUUAAAAAAAUAUAUAUUAUAAAAUAAAGGACAAAAUGCAUGUCACGACAAGAGAGACAACAAAACACUAUAUACAGAGAGACCUAAGACAACAAUAUAGUAUGGCAGUAACACAUACAACACAGCAUUGUAGCAAAACAACAUGGUAGCAACACAACAUGGCAGCAGCACAACAUGGUAGCAGCACAAAACAUGAUACAAACAUUAUUGGGCACAGACAACAAAGGGCAAGAAGGUAGAGACAAUAAAACAUCACCCAAAAGAUCCAUAACUCUCAGUAAGUGUCCAUGAAUGAGUCUUUGAAUGAAGAGAUUGAGAUAAACCUGUUUGUUGCAGCUCAUUCCAGUCGCUAGCUGCAGCGAACUGAAAAGACGAGCGAACCAGGGAUGUGUGUGCUUUGGGGACCUUUAACAGAAUGUGACCGGCAGAACGGGUGUUGUAUGUGGUGGAUGAGAGCUGCAGUAGAUAUCUUAGAUAGGGGGGAGUGAGGCCUAAGAGUGUUAUAUAAAUAAGCAUCAACCAGUGGGUCUUGCGACGGGUAUACAGCGACGACCAGUUUACAGAGGAGUAUGGAGUGCAGUGAUGUGUCCUAUAAGGAGCAUUGGUGGGAAAUCUGAUGGCCGAGUGGUAAAGAACAUCUAGCCACUCGAGUGCACGCUUACCUGCCGAUCAAUAAUAAGCAUGGGUAGGAUGGUCAUCUGAAACAGGGUUAGUUUGGCAGCUGGGGUGAAAGAGGAGAGAUUGCGAUAGAGGAAACCAUGUCUUGAUUUAAAUUUAGCCUGCAGCUAUGAUAUGCGCUGAGAGAAGGACAAUGUACCGUAUAGCCGUACUCCCAAGUACUUGUAUGAGGUGACUACCUCAAGCUCUAAACCCUUAGAGGUAGUAAACACACCUGUGGGGAGAGGGGCAUUCUUCUUACCAAACCACAUGACCUUUGUUUUGGAGGUGUUCAGAACAAGGUUAAGGGCAGAGAAAGCUUGUUGAACACUAAGAAAGCUUUGUUGUAGAGCGUUUAACACAAAAUCCGAGGAGGGGCCAGCUGAGAAUAAGACUGUAUCAUCUGCAUAUAAAUGGCUGAGAGAGCUUCCUCCUGCCUGAGCUAUGUUGUUGAUGUAAAUUGAAAAGAGCGUGGGACCUAGGAUCGGGCUUUGGGGUACUCCCUCGGUGACAGGCAGUGGCUGAGACAACAGAUGUUCUGACUUUAUACAUUACACUCUUUGAGAGAACUUGAUUAUAAGCUUAACGCUAAAAUGUCAGAUUUGUUUUUGUUACCAAUCUAUUAAUCACUUUCUUUAUGAGGCUUUCAAAAAGCUCCCUGGUCUUUGUAGUUGAAUCUGUGCUAAAUUCAAUACUUGACCUUACAUGUGUUGUAUGUAUGGGAGCCAGAGGAAGGGGUAGUCAUAAAAAAAAUUGUCAACCCCUAUUAUUUCAUACAGAGUUAGUCCAUAUAUUUUACUGUUGAACUUAUUUAGGUUUGCCUAAACAAAGGGGGUGAAAACAUAUGCAAAACUAUAUCUUAGUUAUUUCGUUGUAUUAAUUUGUACACAUCUGUAGUUGUAUCUUUUCACUUUGACAUUAUGGAGUAUUUUGUGUAGAUGAAAGACAAACAAAUAACAAUUAAUGCCAUAAAAUGUGAAAAAACCCAAGGGGGGUGAAUACUUAUGAUACCCACUGUAUUACCUGAACAUAUAAAGUAUUUCAAAUACAAAAAGGAAUGUAUAUAUCUUAUGUAGUGCUGUAUAUGUAUGUAUGUAAUGUAAAUGUUUUCGUGUUACUGUAUCACACAAUGAGGAAACGAUAGCAUAAGGCCGCAUACACUGAGUAUACAAAACAUUGUGUAUGUGUGCCAUUCAGAAUGUGAAUGGGCGAGACAAAAGAUGAACGCGCCUUUCAAUUGAGUGCGUCAAGAACUGCAACGCUGCUGGGUUUUUCACGCUCAACAGUUUCACACGUGUAGCGAGAAUGGUCCACCACCCAAAGGACAUCUAGCCAACUUGACACAACUGUGGGAAACAUUGGAGUCAACAUGGGAACAGCAUCCCUGUGGAAUGCUUUGAACACUUUGUAGAGUCCAUGCCCCGAAGAGUUGAGAGUGUUCUGAGGGCAAAAGCAGUUGCAACUCAAUAGUAGGAAGUUAUCCUCAAUAUUAUAUACUUUCAGUGUUGAAGUUGCCUGAUGAAUUUAAUUUAGCUGCUCGAUCGCUGAACCUACUACCCAAGAAGUCGUUUGUGCUGACGUGAAGAUAUGCGUAGGCCCAACCCAUCGGUUUUUGGGGCCAACCAGAACGGAUUGAAUGUGUUUGCAUUUAAGAAGGCAAAAGCCAGACUCUCCGUUGAGAAGAAACUUGGUGGGUGUGGCAUUUGGCCGGAGAUGUGGAUGGGUAGCCAGGCAAAGCCUACCGGAAAUGUACAGCCUACUGGAAAUGUACAGUACAUGUUAAAAACUAAUUGGAAAUACAAUAAUCACACAAUAGCACAUUUUGUUUUAACACGAAUUGAAAAAAAACAUUGUUUUGUAUUUUACCCCUUUUUUCUCCCAAUUAUGAUCUUGUCUCAUCGCUGCAACUCCCCAACGGGCUCGGGAGAGGCGAAGGUCGAGUCAUACAUGCUCCAAAACAUGACCCGCCAAAGCACGCUCCUUAACACCCACCUGCUUAACCUGGAAGGUAGCUGCAUCAAUGUGUCAGAGGAAACACUGUUCAACUGACGACUGAGGUCAGCCUGAAGCGACCCAGCCCACCACAAGGAGUCAUGAGAGCGUGAUGAGCCAAGUAAAGGCCCCUCCCCUAACCUGGACAACCCCAGGGGGGCCCCGAAUUGAAAAAAGCUUGUUUGGAGUGCAGUUUUUUUCACCCUAAAUAAUGUUAAAAUGUAUUGGAAAGAGGUUAUCAGGUCCUUUCAAAUAUAUGGAACAUGUUACAAUUGCAAAUGUGUAAAACUUCCUGUAUGGCUGUUUCCCACAAACAGUUAUUACCUCCUCUGAAAUGCUGUUGAAGCUUUUUAUUGAGGGAAGGUACCACAGCCACAGUAUAUCUACCAUCCUCACGUUGAACAUAUGAAAAAACAUGUUGUACCUGCUGUAGCAAUUUUUUGACUUGUUAUUUUUUGGUCAGGAGGUAAACUACUGCUAAAAAUAUGUAGCAAUGUACCUGUUUGCGCAUUACAAUAUUUCAGAUCCAUCCAUGCAUGAUGUGAUUGGCCUGUAGCAAGUAGAAGGUGAACUUGCUCUUUGCUCAACGAUGUUCUGGCUACAAAUGGUACUGUAAGGGCACACGACGAGACCCAAAUGCAGACACAGGAAGCAGACGGUUAGAGUCCAAGAUGUUUAUUAACAAUCCAAAAGGGGUAGGCAAGAGAAUGAUCGUGGACAGGCAAAAGGUCAAAACCAGUUCAGAGUUCCAGAGGUACAGAAUGGCAGGCAGGCUCGAGGUCAGGGCAGGCGGAAUGGUCAGGCAGGCGGGAACGGAGUCCAGAAAAACAGGCAAAGGUCAAAACCGGGAGGACUAGAAAAGAGAAUAGAAAAGGAGAAGGACGGGGAAAAACACGCUGGUUGACUUGAACAAUCCAGGGAUAAAUACAGAUAUAGAAACAGAUCAGGGCGCGACAGGUACAGAAUAGUUGUUUUAGUCCAUGUCACCCUUCAUGCUUGAGUUUGUCUGCUGUGUACUCUGCAUGCCUUUUGCGCCAUGUACGCACCCACCAGCCGGAGCAGAGCCAAAUUGAUCACGCUCAGCUUUAAACACGCACUAAACUUCAAUUUUAUGGUUAUAGAUGAACAGCUGUAUUUUUAGAGAGCUCCUACAAUGCGUAUUUCAUUGCUUCCUCAUCUUAAUUUUUUUUUACAAAUAGCUGUAUACUGAUCCAUCUCUGUAUUAUUGACUGUGUAAAGACUAAAUCCUCCUUUUAAUGUGUGGUAAUACACUGUACUUUCCAACAAUCCACAGUGUAGCAAAGAACUGACACCAUUUGAAUUAUGCUGUUUUACGGUGUCCAUAUUGGGACAGCCUCAGUCUCAGCAGAACUGCUUAGAACAAUCGUAACACAGUCAAAUGAAGUUAUGAACUGAUCAAACCCAAAAUGUGAAGAAACACCCAUGAAAUCAGAAAUGCACAGAAACUGUCUACAGAAGGCCACACACAUUGCAUGAUUAUUUAUUUCCACACACACACAGACACGCACGCAUGCGCACACACACACAAAGGAACAGCGCCAAAUCCUAUGCAGGAUUAUACAAUUAUACCAUUUCAAUGCCCUCACUGUUUCACCUAUACUUUUUCUUCCUUUAGGAAAUUAAAAUAAGCCUCUUUCCACGUCCUAACCUUACCCCCCACCACCGGACAUUUUCUCUCUCAGCAGAGAGGCGUUGAAUAUAUGAAUGACAAUAGAGACACUGCUGUGAAAUGCUUACGGUCCAUGUUCAUUAACGGGAUGUCACAGAGACCUUGGGGGAUUAUUUGACACCGAUGGGCACAUGCAUACACUCGCACAUACCUUCUAAAAGAUGUUACUCAGUCUUAUUCUUGGUAUGACAAACAAAGGGAAUUCAGUAACGCUCCACCUAAAGCCUGUAGGUGUAAUGCUUUAUGAGUAUUAUGAGCCCUACAAUGCAUUAUAAUGCAUUAUAACUGCAGGCUUUAAGUAAAGUGUUACUGUGAAUUCAUCACUUGGCUGUCUCUCGCUCUCGUUUUCUGCUCUCCCUGGCCUCAAUUUUACCUUGUUUAUCCACUAUCUGUUCAUUUCGUCAUGAUCCUCUGUUCCAGUUACACAAAGCCAAUAUCCAUUUUAAUAGUCAUGUUUAAUUUGUGUUAAUCUAAAACUUCGUCCCUACGCACAAUAUGAAUAGCAAAUAUAGCAUUCUGCGGUGUGCCUCUCACUUGUCGUGUCAGCUUCACGAAUGCUGUACAUAUGAGGACCAUAAAUAAGAGGAACAACCAUUCACAACAACGUUAUGACUACAAAUCUGUCUUUCUUUUGAAAACAUUUAUAUUUCUAUAUUUUGUUAAUUUUUUUCCCCGAUUUACAAACCUUCCUCUGCCUUUGUAAGAACUAUUUUUAAUUAGUAGAUAUGGUUGGAGCUAAGAUGGCAAAGCCAACAAUAACUACAAACAGCAUUUUGAUUAUAAUGUGUUCUUGUAAUCCAAGAUAUAAAAACGUGAACACAAUUCUUCAAUGUAAUUGAGGGAAAUGGCUCCUGGUGAUCGAAAAUGGGACCAAGAAUAAGACCCUGGUGUUAAAAUGUCUGCGGCUGAUUCUAGAAAUUCGAAAAUCAACAUGGCACCCUUAAUGGAAAUGUGAAAUUUAAAUGGACCUAGCCAAGGUGAACAUGUCACGUGUUCCUGUGAGAACAUUUAUUCAGGAUAAACUCCAUGUCUCUCUUCUUAUAUAGGUGUUAAUUAAAAUAAGAAAAAUGCAGGCGCCAUGGACAAACAGCCUUGGUUUCGCUUAGUUUUUCCACAUAAUUGUCUUGUACAUUUCGAGGCACCACAUGUGGCACCAACUAAAUUACCUAGGGGACUCCAUUAAUUUACAAUACAUGAUUAACUUGCCUUGUUGUCUUUGUCUAUCAUUUGUUCAUAGUCAGGUGAUGUAUGCUUCUUAUUUAGUUAAGGAUCUAUCGCUGUUUUGCUUUGCUCUGUUCCUUCUUGUUAUUCACAUUGACAGAGUAAUAUAUGUAAUGUAGUCUAAAUGAGAACUUGAUUUAACGUGAUAUUGAAUGAUAGUGGCUUUCCUGAUAGUUCAUUCAGAGGUGACUUAGUUUUGCACGGAAAUGCCAGUGUGUCUCGGACGGAGGGAGAAGAUAUGGAAACUGUCUGUCAUGUGGUGUAACCCGUUCAAUUCUGAUUGAAAACCUGACUGAAAAGUAAUCCUGCGCACAAAAGCAGACUGACAAUUUAUACAUCAAGUGAAAACUCCAUUCUUCAUCCAGGACAUGCUGCUGUGCACACCAAAGGGACAAGACAGACCAACACAAAUGUCGAACAUGCGCAGUUGAUCACCUCCUGGGUGAUAUGUGUAGAGAUCGUCUGGAAAUGAACGGAAAACGAUGGCUGAUGUUCUGUGGUCAGAGGCGAUAGGAUGGCCACUCAUCGUGCACGACGGCCCCCCACGUAAACACACUUCUGAAAGUGUUAUCUGAAAUCGAAUUAACUGCAAUUGAUUGAAUACUUGAUAAAUGGGAAUCUAAAUGUGGUUUGAUGUAUAAUUUCUGCCAAAUAAUAGUAAGCCAAUAGCAUAUUUUCGAAGGAUGCUGCCAUAUCAUGUGCAUUAUAUGGUUUAUUCUAUGGUUCUGUUUACUGUAGAAAAAUCUCUGUGCUUAAUCUUGGAAGUCAUUUUUACAUUAUAUCAAAUGUGUGUAAUAGAGAGUCAUUUUCAAAGACAAUAUUCACAUAAUCUUCAGAUAUUUUUUAGGAUUUUGAGUUAUUGAGAUAGGAGUAAGGGCAGAUGACUGUUUGUAUUUGGGGUCUUUUGAAUCAUCCAUCAUCUUGCUCUCUGGUGAGUAGAGAAAAGCAUGAUAAAUGUUUCAGCCCAAGCUCUAGUCGAUUACACACGGUCAACCCGUUUUUGGAAUGGUGAAGGUAAAGCAAGGCAAAUUAUACUAGGAAAAAACAAACUCAGCAUGUAAAGUGUUGGUCCCAUGUUUCAUUAGCUGAAAUAAAACAUCCCAUCAUUUUUCCAUACGCACUAAAAGCUUAUUUCUCAAAAACAUUGUGCACAAUUAUGUUGACAUCCCUGUUAGUGAACAUUUCUCCUUUGCCAAGAUAAUCCAUCCAACUGACAGAUGUGGCAUAUUAAAAAGCUGAUGAAACAGCAUAAUCAUUACACAGGUGCAACUUGUGCUUGGGACAAUAAAAGGCCACUCUAAAAUGUUUUGAGGGAGCAUGCAAUUGGCAUGCUGACUACAGGAAAAAAACCAGAGCAUUUGCAAAAUAAUUUAAUGUUAAUUUAUCUACCAUAAGCCACUUCCAAGGUCGUUUUAAUGAAUUUGGUAGUACGUCCAACCUGCCUCACAACUGCAGACCACGUGUAACCAUGCCAGCCCAGGACCUCCACAUCUGGCUUCUUCACCUGUCGGAUGGUCUGAGACCAGCUGCCUGGACUGCUGAUGAAACUGAGGAGUAUUUCUGUCUGUAAAAUAGCCAUUUUUGGGGCCAAAUCUCAUUCUGAUUGGCUGGGCCUGGCUCCCCGGCGGGUGGGCCUAUACCCUGCUAGGCCCACCCAUGGCUGUGCCCCUACCCAGUCAUGUGAAAUCCAUAGAUUAGGGCCUAAUGCAUUUAUUUCAAUUGACUGAUUUCCUUAUAUGAACUGUAACUCAGUAAAAUUGUUGAAAUUGUCGGAUAUUGCAUUUAUAUUUUUGUUCAGUAUAUUUUCAUGCCAAUUUCCAACCAUCGACUAGGGGCAACGCGAGUUCCUGUUCAUUUGGUCGGAUCACAACGAUGUAGAUGAGGAUAAGCUAAAACAUUGCGCUAUGGCUCCAUGCAUCACGGGUUCAAUCCUAGUGUUAGGCAAUUCUUUUGUGUUUUAACCCUUUCCCAAACCUUAACCUUAAUCACUCAGAAUGAAUGCCUAAGCUUAACCCUAAUGCCUAAACUUAACCCAAACCUUAACACUUACUCGGUUACUGACAAAACAUAGGUGUAUCAUUUGCGCAGUUUGACUGACAGCUAACAGACGUGGAUAAAUAAGGUACUUUGGUACAUGGUUCAGUUCUUACUUGGUUGACUUUUGAAGUCCUUUUCAGACAGAAUUACUGUCUGUGUCUGUGUAGUAAACUGCAGCCGUCAAAUUUGGACAACUGACUCUUUCAUUAAUCUUUGACAGCGUUAUACUGUAUUUGUUUUCUGUGUUUUCUAUCUUAUUUGGCCAUGCCAGGCCAGCUUUUGGUGUAAAUUAUUACCUGUAAAAUGUUAGUGUUCCCACUUUGUGAUGUUUUCAGGUUUCUGUGUUUAUUUGUGUUUCAUGUCAAAUUAUAUUUAAAAGAAAAAGCAAUAAAUUCUUGGGCAACUCA